UGAAACGCCUACUCGCUUCUGUGGACAUUAAAACUCUGCAGGAUGGAUUUUUUAGAGCGCGGCUACCUGGACGCGCGGUCUCCUUAUGAUUACACCUUUAAUUUUUGGAACGACUACCUCGGUCUGUCGACACUUGUCGCCAAAAAUAAGACCAACAACCCGUCCUGCAGCCCCAACUCCAUCACCGAGUCCCUGAAAGCGACCCUGGGGCUGGAGGACGACUCCCCGGUUUGCUCUUGCGUAAUUGGGCACGGCAGGGACAGCGACGGACACUUGGAGUGCUGCUGCGCGGCUCCGGGCUCGCCUCCGCUCUCCAUAUACGACCUGAAGGAGCGCAUCUUGCUUCUGAGGCCGUACGAGCACCUUGCUGCCGAUUCGCAGCUGGGAGACAGAGAUUCCCCCUCCUACAGGGGAAGCUUCGCCGGCCUCGACCUGCUCUCCAUGGAGCGAAGACGCAAACAGACUCAGAGGUGCAAGCCGGAGCCCAAAGUGUGCGUCUUCUGUCGGAAUAACGGCGCGCCGGAGGAAGUUUACGGCACCCACAUCCUGAAGACGACGGACGGCAGAGUCCUGUGCCCCAUCCUGCGGGCAUACACCUGCCCCCUCUGCAGUGCCAACGGCGACAAUGCGCACACCAUCAAGUACUGCCCGCUUUCUAAAGACCAGCCGAGCCAGAGAGUGCCAAAGGGCGGCAGAGCGAUUGGAAAACGGCUGAAAAUCUUCUAAAGGAGGGACAUCAAUGAAGUUUGAGUUGCACUGUCUGAAAUUACUAGUGUGUAUGGCAGUAAUGUUGCCCCAUUUCAUGCACAAGACAAGUCUGGAAAGAAGAUUGGUUUCUCUUUUGUUUUUUUUUUGUAUGUGUCACUGCUUCAUUUCUAAUGUUUUCUGUCUAUAUUGUAACUCUAUGGGCACAUAGUUUACACUUGGACGCAUUGCGCGCAAUAUUCCUCCCCAGCACUCUAAGGACUUGGUGAUCAAAAAUGAACCAAAGUACUGUAUACAGAUCGACCUGUGAAUGACCACCUUCAUGCUGUAAUCAGAAGUGUUUUCUAGAAAAACACAAACAGCCCCAGUGCAUGUCAGCGGGCUGCUCUGGCUUCAUGACAUGCCAACAUAAAUUAAAUAUGCAGCACUCCUGAUAUGAGCUGAAUGUUUUAGUCCCACAGUCCAUUGGCCCAGUGGAUGUAAGACAGGCCAUGCAAGAUGCAAGAUCUUUAUAUCCAGCACAUUUUGUUUCCUGAGAUAAACGUUUUCUACCAAAGGAAUACACUUUUUGUAUUGAAACUUAGCCUAAAGGUAAAUUUCUGUAUUGUUUCUAUGUUGGAUGUCUUAUAUUCUUCAUGUGAUUUUAUGUGCAUAGCAUUUUACAGACUUCGACUGAAUGUACAACAGUGGAAGGUAGACCUGACAUGCAGUUCUCCUACUUGCUCUUCAAGUUGCUCUGAGCUCUUUUGUUCUUUUUGUUUUUCUGUCACAAAUUCAAAAACAUGGAUGGAUUGAUUUGUUUUUCUUCGUGUGGAAAUGUGCACCUGCAAUUCUUGUACAUGUACAAAUAAUUUUAGCAAUGAAAAGCCUGACAUUCCAAAGUCUUUAUCUGUCAAUAGAAAAUGUUUUAUGUACUUAUUUUUACCUUAUGUACCACUGGGAAAUAUAUUCACUGUAAAUGACCUCUGAAUAAACAUGAAAUUUGCAUUUUU